GUAGGCUGCCUCGCGGAUCCUCAGCUCCUCGAGUCCGCCGACCUUCUUCUCAUCUCCCAAAUCGAAAGACAACGCGCCCGCCGCCACAGCCCUCUCAGCGCUCCCAUGAUCGCCCGGUGCCUUUCGGCUGUGCGAGGCCUCCACAGAGUUGGUGGUUCCAAGAUUUUACUCAGAAUGACUUUAGGAAGAGAAGUGAUGUCUGCUCUUCAGACAGCUUCUUCGUUUACUGCAACUGGCAGAAACAUUUUAAGAUGGGAUCUGUCACCAGAGCAAAUUAAAACAAGAACUGAGGAGCUCAUUGUGCAGACUAAACAGGUGUAUGAUGCUGUUGGAAUGCUCAGUGUUGAGGAAGUAACUUACGAGAACUGUUUGCAGGCACUGGCAGAUGUAGAAGUAAAAUAUAUAGUGGAAAGAACCAUGCUAGACUUUCCCCAGCAUGUCUCCUCUGACAAAGAAGUACGGGCAGCAAGUACUGAAGCAGACAAAAGACUUUCUCGUUUUGAUAUUGAGAUGAGCAUGAGAGAAGAUAUAUUUCAGAGAAUUGUUCAUCUGCAGGAAACCUGUGAUCUGGAGAUGUUAAAGCCUGAAGCCAGACGAUACUUGGAAAAAUCAGUUAAAAUGGGAAAAAGGAAUGGGCUCCAUCUUCCAGAACAAGUCCAGAAUGAAAUCAAAGCAAUGAAGAAAAGAAUGAGUGAGCUGUGUAUUGACUUUAACAAAAACCUCAAUGAGGAUGAUACCUUCCUGGUAUUUUCCAAGGCUGAACUUGGUGCUCUUCCUGAUGAUUUCGUUGACAGUUUAGAAAAGACAGAUGAUGACAAGUAUAAAAUUACCUUAAAAUAUCCACAUUAUUUUCCUGUCAUGAAGAAAUGUUGUGUCCCUGAAACCAGAAGGAAGAUGGAAAUGGCUUUUAAUACAAGGUGCAAAGAGGAAAACACUAUAAUUCUGCAGCAUCUACUUCCACUGCGUGCCAGAGUGGCCAAACUACUUGGCUAUAGCACACAUGCUGACUUUGUACUUGAAAUGAACACUGCAAAGAGUACAAGCCAUGUGACAGCCUUUCUAGAUGAUUUAAGCCAGAAAUUAAAACCCUUGGGCGAGGCAGAACGAGAGUUUAUUUUGAAUUUGAAGAAAAAGGAAUGUGAAGAGAAAGGUUUUGAAUAUGAUGGGAAAAUCAAUGCCUGGGAUCUGCAUUACUACAUGACUCAGACAGAGGAACUCAAGUACUCUCUAGACCAAGAAAUCCUCAAGGAAUACUUCCCAGUCGACAUGGUAACAGAUGGCUUGCUGAACAUCUACCAGGAGUUGUUGGGACUUUCCUUUGAGCAAGUACCAGAUGCUCAUGUUUGGAAUAAAAGUGUUACACUUUACACUGUGAAGGAUAAAGCUACAGGAGAAGUGUUGGGACAGUUCUACUUGGACCUCUAUCCAAGGGAAGGAAAAUACAACCACGCAGCCUGCUUUGGUCUCCAGCCUGGCUGCCUUCUCCCUGAUGGGAGUCGGAUGAUGUCUGUGGCUGCCCUUGUGGUGAACUUCUCACAGCCAGUAGCAGGUCGUCCCUCUCUCCUGAGGCACGAUGAGGUGAGGACUUAUUUCCAUGAGUUUGGCCAUGUCAUGCAUCAGAUUUGUGCACAGACUGAUUUUGCACGAUUUAGUGGAACAAAUGUGGAAACUGACUUUGUAGAGGUGCCAUCACAAAUGCUUGAAAAUUGGGUAUGGGACAUUGAUUCUCUCCGAAGACUGUCAAAACAUUAUAAAGAUGGAAGUCCUAUUACGGAUGAUCUGCUUGAAAAACUUGUUGCUUCUAGACUGGUCAACACAGGUCUUCUGACGCUACGCCAGAUUGUUUUAAGCAAGGUUGAUCAGUCUCUCCAUACCAACAUAUCACUGGAUGCUGCAAGUGAAUAUGCCAAAUACUGCACAGAAAUUUUAGGAGUUUCUGCUACUCCAGGCACAAAUAUGCCAGCUACUUUUGGACAUUUGGCAGGGGGAUAUGAUGGCCAAUACUAUGGAUAUCUUUGGAGUGAAGUCUUUUCCAUGGACAUGUUUUACAGCUGUUUUAAAAAAGAAGGGAUAAUGAAUCCAGAGGUUGGAAUGAAAUACAGAAACCUAAUCCUGAAACCUGGGGGAUCUCUGGAUGGCAUGGACAUGCUCCAGAAUUUCUUGAAACGUGAGCCAAACCAAAAAGCGUUCCUAAUGAGUAGAGGCCUCCAUGCUGCAUAAACUGGGGAUCUUUGGUAGCAGUCCAUGUCUGGAGGACAAGUCAACAUCACCAUGUGUUACUGGCCUAGAAACUGAAGGGAGGUUUGUGAAUGAAAGUUUAAAUUUCUAUUGACUUUGUUUUGUUUUUCAGUUUUAGAAAUGAUACAGAUGUAAAUGGAAUUACAAAUACUGUGACCUAAGAAAAGAUCCACUAGAAAAUAAUUGUACUAUAAAAUUUCAUAAAAAUGAAUUUGAUUUCUUUUUAUAAAAGUUUCAUAUGAAUGUAAUUUGAUUUUUUACUAUGAUAAUCGAGAUAAUAUAAUGCAAGAGGGCUAAGAAUUUUUUAAUUGAAUCAUAUACAUUAUAUAAUUUGAUCCUUCUUAUAUUUUGAAGUUUUGUACUUGGGAUUUCUGAACCGAUACAUGAAUCACUGCAUAUUCCUCUGGUAAAUAUUUUCUUGGACCCUGCAUCAACUUUGAUUUUCUUUCUCACAGUACAGUGUGACCUCUUUGCCGGUAUACCUUAGCGCCAGGGGAAUAUGCCUCAGCAAUGCAUUUAUCUUUAUCUAUCAGGCCUCAUGAUUUCCAACUUUCUGCCACACUUGAAUUAUGUGCCUCUGUUUGGGUUUGUCUUUUCUGUCUAUAGCCCAGUCAGAGAGUAACAAACAGUUACGAGUUUUAACUGAACUGGCCUAAUAUAUAGAGAAGUUUUAUAUCUUGUAUUAGAGGAUUAGCUCAUUCCCACUGCCAUAUACAAGACUGUCGCCUUUUGAAGUAUUUGCCAGAUUAAAACACUAAAGCAAGUGCAAGGGUAUUUUUCUAUUAUCCCUUUUUAAAUAAGUGGUAGGGAGUUUGCCUCUAUUACUUACUGCCCACCUCACCUAAACUGUCAGGUAGGCAUGUCACAAAUGGCUAUUUAGAGUGACAUGGGAAGAAAGCUAAAGUUGAUGUAGAAUACAAAGAGUUGUGAAACUCCAGAAGAGGAGUGGGUUCUAGACAGAAGCAUUUGAAGCCAGCUGUUCCAGACCCCAUGGGGAAGAGGCUCUUCAGUAGCCUAUAUUGUCUAGUGAUUUUUUUUUUUUUUUUAAGUGAACCUUUGGAUUUCUCCAGCUCUCUUUCAAUAGGCCCAAGUUCCAUUUCUGCAGCAGACCAUUACUUCUUUUUCCUCUAGGAAUCUGUUCAAAACGGAAGCCAAGACAGGAUAAUCCAAAAACAAAACAAACCAAAAAAAGAAAGAAAAAAACCUUUGAAUGUAUUUUGUAGUUGCUUCCCAGUGUGUAUCUGAGGUGUUACUUUACUGGCCAAGGACAAAGUUAGAACCUUCCUAUCCUUUUGUCCUAAUAAACUUUGAUUAUACUAAGAAUCACUAUGCUAAGUAAUAAAAUUAUAGGUAACAAGAAAAGCAAAAAGAGCUCUAGG